AUGGCGGAGGAGCAACUGCAGGAGCCCAUCAUUGCAUCGAGCUCGCGAGAGUCGGAGUCUGUGUCUAGUACCCCGUGUGUGAUUUGCCGACGACAGUUUGCGCGAUACACAUGCCCGAGAUGCAAUAUCCCGUACUGCUCGCUUGUUUGCUUCCGGUCCGAGAAACAUGGUGACUGUUCCGAGUCAUUCUAUCGCAAGGAAGUCGAGCUAGACGUGAAGAGCGCCCCUUCUGCGAGCGCAGAAGAGAAACGGAGGAUGAUGGAGCUGCUGAAACGCUUCGAAGAGGACUCGCUCGACAACAGCCCGCUCCUCGACGAUACGGACAAUGAGGACGAAGACGGAGCGGACGACUUGCAGAGGCGGCUGCAGAGCAUUGACCUUGACACCGCGUCGUACGACGAGCUCUGGAACGCGCUCACCCCAUCAGAGCGAGAGAAGUUUUUACGUGCAGUGGACAAUCCCAAUAGUGAGUUCGCGCAACAGCUGCUCGCGAGUGAGGAGUUAGAGAAAGUCCAAGUCGAGCCGUGGUGGGAACCCCAGCCACCGAGCAAUGAAAUCUCUGCCCCUUCAGACGCUGCCGUUCCGAACCGAAAUCGCGGCGCGAGACCGUCUAUCGUUCAAAUCCCUGAGUCGUUAGUCAAGCAGGUCUCCAACAACGCAGCGAGCGGGCCGCUACUGCUGUAUAACAUCUGCGCGCUGUGUAUCGCGUACGCAUACACAGUCCGCUGCUUCGCCGUGUCCCCACUUUCCGCCAUCUCGCGCACAGACCCCGACUACGCCGAGGUGCGCGAGUCGAUAUCCCGACUCGCACCCUUCCUUGUAGAUCGACGGUCCACGACAGUACACUUGUCGCUCUCGGCCGUCGUAACAGAUCUAUGGUCUCGCUUUCCUGCUAGCCAUGUGGACUCGCGCUCAUUCUCCCUUCUGCUGAAAGAUACAGCCACCAUCUUGCGGCCCGCGACCGUAACAGUCGUCGCCUCCCAAGCCGUAACCACGCGCGACCUAGAAGAGCAUCCCAGCGCGAACGUCCUCCGCGUCCUCUCCGACCUAUCGUCGCUAUUCACCUUGUCGCAAAGCGACAUCGGAGAGCCUUCAGCGUCUCCGGCAGCGCAGCAGAGAAAAGCGAAGCCAAACCAUGUCGUGCACAAGCUGACGUUCUACGCAGCGUACAUACUUAGCACUCCGGCGCCGACGUUACGCGUGCUGGUGGACGAGGCGACGAUGCGCGCGAAGAUGCUCGAGAACGAGGCGAGACAGGCGCGGCAGAACAGGGAGGUGAAGCGGGUGCGUAGUGAAAGGGGGAAUGCUCCGAGGAUUGAAGAGUUGUAA